AUGAAGUUGCUGACCAUCUUCUUCACACUCUCAGCAACAAUUGCUAUCCUUGCUGCAACUAGUCUAGCUGACUUUUAUGAAGAACAAACUUCGUUACGAGGGCUGAGCCGCUUCCUAGCUCAGCAGAACCUCAAAGCCAAAGCGACAUGCGACAAGUUUCCUCGUAUCUGUCGUCUGAGGAACAGCCCAGGACCCGAUUGCUGCAAGAAGAGAUGUGUUAACGUGAAGACAGAUCGCAUGAACUGUGGAAUGUGUGGGUACAAGUGCAAGUAUGGUGAAAUAUGCUGCAAAGGGCAAUGCGUCAAUGCUUCAUUUGACAAAAGAGACUGCGGUGGCUGCUACAAGAAGUGCAAAAGGGACGAAUUCUGUGUUUACGGAAUGUGCAAUUAUGCUUGA